GGAGACUGGAGCGCUGUGCCUGGCGAGAGGAUGGUCGUCCGCGUGUUCACCGCCUCCUCCUCGGGCUUCGUGACGAUAAAGAAGAAGCAGCAGGAUGUGGUUAGAUUUCUGGAAGCCAACAAGAUAAAGUCUGAGGAGGUGGACAUCACGAUGUCAGAAGAGCAGAGGCAGUGGAUGUACAAAAACAUCCCCCCGGAGAAGGAGCCUGUUCAGGGCAACCCUCUGCCACCUCAGAUAUUUAAUGGUGACCGAUACUGUGCAGACUAUGACAGUUUAUUUGAAUCCAAGGAAAGCAACACAGUCUUUUCAUUCUUAGGCCUGAAAUCACAGUUGGCAUCAAAGGAAGAACCUUAGCGAAGACAAGUGGAAGAGGACGGAGAUGCAUUUUGCAGCGCCCCUGGUACUCAGCACACACCUGCUUACAUAAUGCAUCAGUGUGACAGAAGCCACAUGCAUUAUCAGUAACUUUGCUUGCCAUGGAAAAGGUGUUUGGGGAAGACAUGGGUCUGAUGGGAUUGCAUGAGUGCUUUAAACCAAAUCAGGACCAUGGUGGGUUUUUUUCUUGUUUUCAGAAUUGCCUGCAGUUGCCUCACUCACCCGGAGGUAGUCACCUGUUACAGGUGUGCUUCCUGAAUAACUGAGUGAUAAGCAGGUGGCACCAUCAGAGAGAAAGUACUGGAUCUGCCCUGGGUUGUAGUUGAUGCCAGGAUUGCUGAGACCUGCUUCUCUUCAGGCUGCCAAGGUGGUAUCCUUGAAAUUAGUCUGCCAGGCUAUUAGAAUAUUUUGAUCAGAAAGAAAAAAAGCAAUGUUGGUUGACAAAGGGCUAAAGAUCUUUGCUGCAGAUUCACGAACAUCACUAUUCCAGUGCUUGUCAUAACUGAA